ACGACGGCUCAGUGGGAUUACACAUCUUUACCAGCUGUGUUAAAACCGAGCUCAGAGUCACUCAAUGGAACCUUGUCAUUCGCCCUCCACACAAAUGUGGUGCCAGGAUUUCAGGACUUUCUGGAUAACAUCAAUCCUUUUCACUCAAACAUUUAUUUCAUUCCUGAGUUCUGGUUCACAGUAUUCCGCUGCUCAUUUCCACUGCGUGGCCUGUAUUAUCCAGAUGCAAACAACUGCACCGGGCAGGAGAAGCUCACAGGUCUUCCUGGAUCUGUCUUUGAAAUGGGAAUGACUGGCCACAGCUACAGUGUCUACAAUGCUGUUUAUUUUGUAGCACAUGCCUUGCAUGCCAUUUAUUCCUUGAGAGCUCAACAGAAAGGAAGGAGAGAUGGAGACAAGCAGGAUCCUUGGAAUAUUCAUCCAUGGCAGCUUCACUCAGUUCUAAAAACUCUCCAUUUUAACAAUAAUGCUGGGGAAGAAAUAUUUUUGGAUGAGAAGAGGGAACUGGCAGCUGGAUUUGACAUCAACAACUUCUUCGUCUUUCCCAACGGGUCCUUCCAGAAAGUCCGAGUGGGACACGUGGACCCCCUGACCCUUGAAGGCAAACAAUUCGCUAUCAAUGGGAGCACCAUUGUGUGGAAUCAGAAGUUCCAUCAGGUGCCCAGAUCCACCUGUGUUGAGAGUUGCCAUCCCGGGCAGAGCAUGCUCGUCCAGCCAGAGAAGCAAGUGUGUUGCUAUGAUUGUGUUCAGUGCCCUGCAGGGAGGAUUUCAAUCCAGAGUGAUGCAGCCCAAUGUGAGCAGUGCCCUGGAGACCACUAUCCAAACAAGAACAAAGAUUGCUGUAUUCCUAAAGGAAUAAGUUACCUGUCUUAUGGUGAACCACUGGGAACACUUCUGGUGUCUUUUGCUCUCCUCCUUUGUGGGAACACAUUUGUGGUGAUGGGAAUAUUCCUUCUCUACCACCACACUCCCAUCGUCAAGGCCAAUAACUGGGGAAUCACCUGGGCUCUCCUCUCCUCUCUGCUCCUCUGUUUUCUCUCUUCCUUCCUCUUCAUUGGGUGGCCUGGGAAGGUGACCUGCCUCCUGAGACAGAUGGUGUUUGGUGUUAUCUUUUCUGUGUCCGUCGCUUGUGUCUUAGCCAAAACCUUGACUGUGAUUUUGGCCUUCAUGGCCUCCAAGCCUGGAAGCCAGAUGAGGAGAUGGCUUGGGAACAGACUUGCUCUGUCAGUCAUCAUCUUCCCUUCUCUGAUUCAAACUGCCAUCUGCAUUGUAUGGUUGGCCACUUCUCCCCCAUUUCCAGAAUCUGAUAUGCAUUCCCAGAGUGACACCAUCACAGUUCAAUGCAACCAAGGUUCAGAUCUCAUGCUCUACCUGGUCCUGGGCUUCAUGUGGCUGUUGGCCAUCAUCAGUUUCACGGUGGCUUUCUUUGCCCGGAAGUUGCCUGACUCAUUUAAUGAAGCCAAGCUGAUCACGUUCAGCAUGUUGGUCUUCUGCAGCAUAUGGGUGUCUUUUGUGCCAGCCUACCUUGGCACCCAAGGGAAAUACACCGUGGCUGUGGAGGUCUUCUCCAUCUUGACCUCCAGUGGUGGGUUGUUGGGUUUCCUCUUCUUCCCUAAAUGCUACAUCAUGAUUUUCAGGCCUGAACUAAACACCCGAGAGCAAUUAGUAAGCAAAAGAAGUAGCAGUAAUUUAGGGGUCAGGAAUGCCCGUCCCUGAGUAUACAGUACAGCUAAGAAGAAGAUGAAGUUCUGUCAAGAAUUAGAAGCAGAAAAGGGGAGAUUUGUAUUCAGUCCAUAUUUUAUUUAUUUAUUUAAAAUAUUUUUGCCACACAUUACUCCUUAUGAAGUAUCCAA